AUGUCCGUUCGGUGGGAGUCCCCAGGAGUUGGGCGCCGGCGACGUUCUGGUGGUGGUGGUGGUGUGGAUGAGUGCGAGAUUUCGAUGCUGGCCGAAUCGGUAACGGACGACGAUGGGGAUCACUCGCGCUCACGGAACGGUGGUCCUGGUGGGCAUCGGACCACUUCCGGUGGACGGUGCCCAGUGGCAAGGGUGGAUGCCGAUUUGAGCGACGAGGGCGAACCGGCGUUGGAUCACAGCGAUGCAGACGAGAUAGUGGUGUUGGACGAGGCGAGCGAACGUCUGUUGGGGAAAUGGAACGGCAAUGCCAAAGUGAAGAUGUUCAAAUCCAAAACCACCUCUCCGAACGAACCGUCCCCAGUGCCCGGUGCCCAUCCCGAUCAGGACUGCACCGGGAUGCAUAUUACGCUAAACCCCUCGUCGCGGGCCACCAGCCCCAGCUCAAUGAUGGGGGGCAAACCGAGCGCCACCCCGUCGCCCACACCCUCCGCCAACCCGCAACCCGCCACCUUCGGCCACAACCAAACCGGUGCCAAGAGCAUCAACAACAACAACAGGAGCAGUAGCAACAGCAAGGCAAACAGCAAACCGAGCGGCAAGGGCGGUGGCAACGGUGGCGACGGUACGAACAUCCCCCAAAAGAAGAGCAAAUGUUCGGACGAGGAUAGUGACAUCAUUGGCGAGCUGAUCGGGGACUACGGCAAGUGGCAGUUCGUCAUGACGUUUUUGCUAUCCCUGUUCCAGGUGCCGAACACGUUCCACAUCUACUCGCCAACAUUUCAGGCAGCAGAUAAAAGCUUCUGGUGCCGACGGCCAACACAUCUGGACGAUGUCCCGAUCGACCGGUGGCGGAACGUGACGGGUUCGGUGGAAAAUUGCCGGAUGCUGAAUUACGACUGGAAUGCGCUAACGAGCGCCCAGCUGUCGAUGAGCAACUUUUCGCUACCGAAGAACCUCACCGACACGGUUGCGUGCAGCGCCUGGGAGUUUGACGUACAUGACAACCUCGGCAACACUUGGUCCUCGGAGUGGAAUCUCGUCUGCGACAAGGAGUACCUGAAGAAUGUGGCCGAGAUGUUCUUCCUGGCGGGCGUCGCAACCGGUGGCAUCACGUCCGGCGUACUGUCCGACAAGUUUGGCCGCAAAAUGAUGCUCUUCAUCUCCGCCGUCCUGCAGUCGAUUUUUGGGCUGGCUCUUUACUUUGCCGAUUCGUUCGAGUUCUAUCUUGUGCUGCGAGCGCUGCUUGGGAUCGUAUCCGUGUCGGUAACGUACGCGGGACUUAUACUGGCGAUCGAGUACGUGGACGGCAAGUGGCGAACGAUCGCCGGCAUGUACAACCUGUUUCCGCUGCCCGUGUCCUAUAUUAUGAUCUCCGGCAUUGCCUACCUGACGCAGGACUAUCGAAAUUUGCAGCUGUGCAUUGGUCUGCCGGGAGUGUUUCUGUGCUUGCUGUGGUUCGUCCUGCCGGAAUCGCCCCGCUGGUUGCUGUGCAAAGGUCGAAUUACCGAGGUGAAGGAAGUCAUCCGUAAGGCGGCAGCCUUCAACAAGCGCACGUUGCCCGACAAUUUGGACAAACUGCUGAAACCGCCGGUGGACGAGGAGGAAACGGCGGCCGGUGUGUGCGAGCUGUUCCGUUCGAAAUAUCUGCGCCUGGUGACAUUUUGCUUCCUGUGCAUUUGGUUCACGAUGAAUCUCGUCUACUACGGUUUGGUACUGAACAUGAACAGCUUCGGUGGCAACAUUUAUCUCAACUCGGCACUUGCCGGUUUGGUGGAAAUUCCUGCGAUUGCACUAGCAAUGUACAUCAUCAACCGUACCGGUAAAAAGUGGCUGUUCUGUGCGACCUUCUUUGCCGCCGCCCUUGCCUGUCUGUGUGCCGCGAUCGUCGAGGGAAAGCCGGAAUUUUUAGCGAUGAAAAUAACGUUCGUGAUGAUCGGUAAAUUUACUAUUAGUGCCGGUAACACGAUUAUGCCGGUGUAUACGGCCGAACUGUAUCCGACCGCAAUACGUAACGUCGGGGUCGGUGCCUGCAACUUGGCUGCCGGGUUUGCUCUCAUCCUGACGCCAUAUUUAUCGAUGUUGACGAAAAUCGAGGACCAUCUGCUGAUGACACUGCUAACGGCUUGGUGUAUUUUUGGCGCAAUUGUGAUCAUUUUCCUGCCGGAAGCCAUGCAGCAUCACGAACACGAGGAGCAUGAUGAGGACAAGGAAAUUGAUACACAGACAGCUGCUUAA